UGUGUGUGUGUGUGCGUGUGCGGUUGUGUGUGUGUGUGUGUGUGUGUUUCGGCUGUAUAGCUGUGUAUGCUAUUUCCGGUAUGAUUUAGUGCUUGCAGGUGUACAGGACAAGCCAUUCUUCAUUGCUGAUCUUUGCUCGGGUUGUACAUUCUCAGUUCCUCAUUCCCCUUGUUUAUAUGAGCACAGCUGCCAUUAGCUACAGCAUCAUCUGUGGUAUGCAGUCGCAAUUACUUAUUCCACCUUCACUCUGUAAUUUGUAGAAAUAUUGAACUCUCUCUCUCUCUCUCUCUCUCUCUCUCUCUCUCUCUCUCUCUCUCUCUCUCUCUCUCUCUCUCUCUCUCUCUCUCCAGGCUUGGUCCAGGGACUGACUCAUCAUUCCAGGUGUCAAGCCUGCCAGAGACCAGCACCUGUUCCCCAUGCUCAGGCCCAGUGUGUGAUGAGUCAUGGCUCCGGUGCUGAGCGGAGUGUCGUGGUGGGGUCCGGAGGCCGGCGUGCUGGGCUCCGGGGCGGGGGCGGCGGCCUGGCUGGGCGGAGGUGGGGGGGAGCUGGGUGUGGUGGGGGCUCUGACCACCCUGACCGGCCUGGUGCUCCUCUCCCUGCUGCUGCUGCUGCUGUGUGCCAGCUGCCAGGGGCAAAAGAAAACAGCCAAUGGACAUGCUGGAGUGGACAAUGAGAACCUCAUCAAUGGAGUGUCAGAGAGAGAGACGUUCACCCAGUCCGUAGACAGUCCCGCCACGGACCCGGCUAACAGCACCUCUCACAACGGCCCUCUGACCAGCGCUACAGACGUUUGGUCCUGCUCCCCCGGCCCCCCCCCAGUUCUGACGGACACCCAGAUAGACACCAGCCCCCAGCCCUCGGAGGAGGAGCUGCUGUCCAGCCAGACCGACCUGCGGUCCUCCAAGUGCCCCCAGGACCGGGAGCUGCCUCGCAUCCCCCCCAACACCGGCCUCGCCGAAGCGCAGGCCGCCGGCGAGAGCACCUACGAGGUGGUGAAGGAGAUGGCGGCGGCGUCCCGGGACCUCAGCGCCGAGGACUCCCUGUACGAGACGGUGAAGGAGCUGAAGGGCCACGCCGCCGGCCCCGCCCCCGGCCCCGCCCCCGCGGGCAGCGUCCGGCAGUUCAGCCUGAACAACGGCUCCGCCCACGUGGCCCCCAACUGCCCGCCGCCGCCCGUCCCCAACGGCCGGCCCAGCCCCGGCCCCGGCCCGGGCCCCAGCCCCGGCACCCCGGAGCGGGGGCCCCUGUGCUCCGGCGUGGAGUACGCCUCGGUGGACCUCAAGAAGAAGAGCCGGCACAGCGCCAACAUGGAGGCCAAGAGGAGCUCCGGCCAUAGCGCCGGCGGAGGUGGUGGAGGUGGAGGUGGAGGUGGAGCUGGGGGUGGAGGCGGAGGUACAGAGGGCAGGGAGCCGGAGGGGGACGGGGAGCCGGAGGAGGAGGACCCCCCACCCCUGCCUGAGAAGGUUCUGGAUAUCAACGACAACCAGCCGCUGGCGAUGAACGGGCCGACGGACGCUGGGCUGGACAACGGAGAGUCCUACUCGUCUCUGUCUCGCUCACCCAGCCUGGAGAACCACAUUAUGGCAGACAAUGAGUCUGCAGUGUACUCUAUGGUGGACAAGUCUAACUGCGUGGGUGGCCCGGAGACCGGGGAAGACCGGGAGCACGACUACACCAGCAUCGCCGAGAUGAACGGCAUGGUCCCAGCCUCGUCAUCCAGCGACCUCUACGCCACCGUGAGAGACAUUUACGCCCAGCCGGAGAGCCCCCAGCGCGGGGCGGAGGGGGAGGAGGGCGACCCCGCCGGCGCCGAGUCCACGGAGCCCUGCUACGAGACCAUCCGGACCCCCAAGGCCGUGCCCGACCCGGAGGAGGGUGGGCCCGGCCUGGCCGCGUCGCCGGGGGCCAUGGAGGGAUCAGAUGGCGUCAGGGUGGAGCCCGACUACGAGUGCCUCGGGGAGAUGGGCGCGGAAACCUCGCGUCUCUGACUUCCUGUCUGUACAGGAAACGCCAGUUUGGAUCCUUGUGGGUUAUAGGUCAAGAUCAGUGGACUUCGCCAAAAGACUUGAGUGUCGUCUCCUCUCCCAGUUUGACAUCCCGUGUUAUUUUUAUUUUUUUAGUCAGUACUUAUGUGUUUUCUUUCAACUGCUUCGGUACGCUUAACGGAUACAUAUCUGGCCCUUUGAAUUCUCUCAUCAAUCAGGGCGAAUUGGUACUUUUGAUAACCUUCAACAUAGUAGUGGCACAGUAAUUGGGCAUUCACUAUAUACAGGUGGGCACUUUUUAAAUGAUUUGGUUCAACACAUUUAACCUCUGUUGACAACAUACACAUGAUUAACUUAAGUCUUCAAAAAGAGAUCCUCAGUGUAGAGCGUUGUACGGAAAAAGCGAGAUAUAAUGACAGACUAGAAUAGUCGAAAUUCUAGUGUGGCAUUAGUAAAAAAAACGUAUAAACAUUGAAGCAGCAACUCCAUUGUUAGUUGAGGCUAAGCUCUACCAGAGAACUCAAUGCCAUACUAUUCCUGUUAACAUGCACUUAUGAAGGAUAUAUAUUUGCAGUUUGAAUAGGGCAGCUGCAAACUAGUAACUAGUGUCUGCGUUGAUUUUUAAGAGGAGACAGCUUCAGUUCAGAUGUAUUUCUCUUGAGCAGUCGGGGUGCCGUGUUGCCUGGCUUUUCCUCUGUCUGAGUGACAGCUCCCACUGGUAGUGUUUUUCACCUUGAUAACAGCCACCAAUUGGCUACUUGGCACGCUAACUGGGUACAGCAUGCUAAGGUCUCAGCCAAUCACAGCUCGGUUCUUUCUUCAACCGGGACCAACGAUGUCAGUAUAGACGGAUAUCCCUGGUGACUGUUGGUGAGCAUUUAAAGAGGUUCUACUAUAAGAGAUGGGAAGUCUGUGCUUCUACUUGCCACCCCAACUUGCAGCCAUGCAAGACUUUCGAAAAUACUACAAAGAAAACAAUAAUCUGAGAAAUGUUGAAACCUAAAUCAAUAGUUCAUUUGUACACAUUGUAUUGCUCAUGCAUAUCAUUUGUAGAGCUUUUUUUUUCUCAUGGUAUAUUUUUUAAGAGAUUCAUAUUUAUUUUAAAGUGCUUUGUGUCAUGUGAUUGUUUGGUGUGCUUAUGUGGUACAUCUGUGAGAGGAAGUAAAUCAGUUCUAGUAGGAAUUAGGAUGUGACCUAAGAAUAGUCUGUUCGCAAAGGCAAUGACAGAUGGCACGGUACAGAUCUCUGCAACUUAAAAAAAAUAUAGUUUGAAAGGAAACAGUCUUGGUGUAACUAUGGUUACAUAAUGUCAUCUAUUGUAAACAUGUUUUUUUGGUUUCAAAAUAUUGGGACUAGUGUCCAAAGAAUAAGAAAAAAGUUAAACUGCAAUCUGGUAUGGAUGUAUGCUACGCAUUAUUUGAUUGUUUUUACUAUGGAAAUCUUUGGCCGUUUGCUAAGCCUCAUGUAGAUGUGUUCAGUAUUUAAUCCAAUUGGCAGAUCUUUUGCUUAUUGGUUGACUCUAAUGGUACUGCAUUCGUAUGACGCUUCUUAGGGACCUCCUGUUGAUAAUCUUCUAUCAUUGUUGUACAAUUUGAAUCUCCAUUGCCUUACUAGCACUCUGAAAAAAGAACAAAAUAUCGACAGUUUGUACUGAUGAUAUGCCAUGCAUUGUCAUUUUACUCGCUAUGAAUUUGAUGUAUGCUUUUACCUAUAAUGUACGAUGUCCAUAGUGGUUGAAUAUGAUUUUCUAAGUUAGCACUGAUGUAUGUCUGUAAUGUUGUUUUAAGGGAAAUAUACAAAAAAACUGUUGUUAAUUGGUUUAUCUAUCUAUACCUUUGUAUUGUGCUGAAAAGUAUUUUCCAAUCAGUUGUUAAAACAAAAAAUGGUACCUUGAUUCGGUACCUGCAUCGGUAACACACAGUUGACUUACGGUACUUUAUUUAAAAGCUGUAGAAUUUAUGUCUGUGUGUUGUUUGAUGUUUAUUUACAAAAUGGCCGCAGGCUCAUUGUUGUCGCUUACAGUAGAAUCCAUCUGUAGCAGGAGAGAGAGGGGAGCGAUGAAACCAUGAAACUCCUUCAAAUCUCUCUCUCCACCCUUAUAGGAAUAUGGUAUUGUUGUAUCAAGGCUACAGUUUUGUUUGGUUCAUCGGAGAAGCGUGUGCUUGUACGCACAACAUCCAACUACAAUCAAAGCCCUGUAUGACUGCUACCGUCUUAACUACAUGGAAUCAGACAUUUUCUAUGUUUUCUUUGUAAACGUCCAAUGUUCCACUUUUCCAUGUAUGUACGUGUCAAAGUAAGGAGGACCUUAUCGCAUACGAGCAGCACGCCAUGGAGCCUCGCUACCGUCCCCGUCCCUCAUAAAAGAGGAAACACAUGGCAGUUUAAUACAUUAGUCCUUCAUCUGGCUGCUGUAAAGGGCAGCUCAGUGCGUGAUAACGCUCCACACAGCGCUGGUGGUGCUUGCUAUAAAUCCAUAGGGCGAACGUUUUUUAGUGCCAAAUCUAACCAGGACAUCUCUCUGUCACACACACACACACACGCGCACACAUGCACACACACACACACACACACACACACACAAACACACAUUAGCUGCUUAAAUGGUGGUGCAGUCUUCAAAACAAGCUGAAGAGAUGCUCCCUUGCUCUCCCCCUCCAAACAAACACACAUGUGCGCACACACCCAAAACAAACGCUUUUGAGUGGAGAUGCUCCCACAUGCACGCACACACACACACACACACACACACACACACACACAACACGACACCACACCACACCACACCACACACACACACACACACACACACACACACACACACACACACACACACACACACACACACAUACAUCCAGGACUAGCAACGUGCUCUCUAAUGUUGCCCCUACUCACUGCAACAGGCUAACCUUGUUAUGACAGCUAUUGCCUCUGUGUUAGCCCCGCCCCCUUGCUGCUUCCUCUGUCGGCAUGUAUAUAUUCCAUGGCAUCAAUUAUUCUAUUAAACAUACAUAAAGUGA